AUGGGGGGGGGGUGGCGGGGGCGGGUCGCAGACGAGGCAGGUCUUGGCGUGUUGUGUGUGUGUGGCCGAUGGGGCUUGGGGACUUGCCCCCAAACGGCUCAAAAAUUUCGGGAACAUGCGGUGGGAUCUCGCCCGGGGUGGCUGAUCGACGGCUGUGAUCGCCGGCACCGUGGACGGCCCAAGCGCCGCCGCGAACCGGAGAGUGAGGAUGAGGAGUCCGAGGAGGAGGAGCAGCAGGAGGAGCCCCGAGAGGAGGAGAACACGGAGGCGGUGCCCAUCGGGGACCCCGUCAAGGUCACCGGUAAGGGGAAGAAGCAGAAGAAGCACUACAUCUCCUUCGAGUACGAGGGCAACACCUUUGAGCUGGAGGACCCCGUGCUGCUCACACCUGAAGACCGCACUCAGAAGCCCUAUGUCACCAUCCUCAAGGCUAGUUCACAAAGCUUGAUGAGUUUGCAGCUAUUGAUGCUUCUGUUCUGUGAUAGUUUGAGUGACCGGAGUCUUUAUACCAAAGAGGCUGAUAAGAAGGGUGGUGGAAAUUGGGUAGCACGUGAUAUGAGAGAGCUAUUUUACAGUUUUCAUAUCGAUAAUGUGCCUGCAGAGUCAGUUAUGCACAAAUGUGUGGUCCAUUUCAUUCCUCAGCACAAGCAAAUUCCCAGUCGAAAGCAACACCCUGGAUUUAUUGUCCAGAAGGUCUACGAUGCAGUUGAGAAGAAACUUUGGAACCUAACGGACAAGGACUAUGAGGAUAACAAGCAACAAGAGAUUGAUCUCCUUGUUAAGAAAGCAAUAGACCGUAUUGGGCAGCUUCCUGACCUUGAACCUGAAGAAACACCUAUGGACAACAGCGAUCAUUUAUCAAAUAAACGAGGCCUACGUAAAAGACCUGUUAACCCUAUAGAUGUAACGAGAGAAUCUCUAGUUGGCAAAUCUGAGCAGUUUCCAAAAGCAGAGACACCUGGAAGUGAUAACCUAAGGAAUUAUGACAUCCUUGUCAGAUAUAAAGCACUUUAUGGUGAGAAAAAUCGUGAUAAGUGGCUCGACAAAUUGGUAGAUUGUAUUCCACUAGCAUCAAAGGAGAGUGCCGAAGCAUCUCAUGCCGAAAGUUAUUGCAAGUAA